CGUCUCCACUAAGAAAACAAAACCAACAUGGUAUCAGAGCCAUAAUGGCUUCAAGCGACAACAACCCUCCUCCUCUUCCUCCCCCAACCAACACAAACCCUAAAGACCCCUCCAGCCCAUACUUUCUUAAUCCAAACGAUGGACCUGCUACUCUACUCACCACUCAUCUGCUUACAGCAGACAAUUACCAUUCAUGGGCAAGGACAGCUCGUCGGUCACUACGAAUAAAAAAAAAGUUGGGUUUUAUUGAUGGUACUUUACAUGAACCUACCAUUUCUAAUCAUCCCUUGUUAGAACCAUGGCUUGAAUGUAAUGACAUGGUGAUAACUUGGCUUCAAAAUGCAAUGUCAUUAGAGAUCAAAAAUAGUGUCGUGUAUGUUGAUACCGCUCAUGACCUAUGGCUUGAGUUGGAACAACGAUUUGCACAAAAUAAUGGUCCUCGAAUUUAUGAGCUAAAACAGUCCAUUAAUUCCCUUGUUCAAGGUGAUGAUUCUGUAAGCUUGUAUUUCUCCAAACUGAAAGGGCUUCUUGAUGAACUUCUCAAUUUUGAAGUCAUUCCAUCAUGCACAUGUGGUGCCAUGAAAAAUGUCCUUGAGAACCAGCAACGUGACUGGACUAUGAAGUUUCUCAUUGGGCUUCAUGAUUCUUUCACCAAUAUCAAAGCUCAAAUCAUUUUGAUUAAACCCAUUCCGAGCCUCAGUGAAGUCUAUGCCCUGGUUCAACAAGAAGAAAAACGAAAGCAACUUUCCAAUCCUCCCAACUUACAUGAUACCCUUGCCUUGGCUGCAAAAUCCACUUUCUUCUCUAAUCGGGACAACCCCAAACCAUAUGGACCUCCAAGGCGAGAAAAAUCCUUUUGCAGCCAUUGUAAAAUUCCUGGCCAUUCUCUUGAAAGAUGUUUUAAAGCUAAUCCAGCUCUUGAAAAACCAGUUUGUACUCACUGCAAUUUAGUUGGUCACACUGCUGCCCGAUGUUUUAAACUGCAUGGCUAUCCACCUAGCCAUAAAAUGUCCACUCGAGGAAAACCAACAGAAUCAUUUGCUAACCAAGUCAGCUCUUCCAACCAAGAACAGAUCAAUGAAGGAUCCCAAGAAGCUCUCACUAAAGCUCAAUAUCAACAUCUUUUAACUUUGCCGUAA